AAACAGAUUAAAGCGCUUGAAAGCGAUGGGGGUAACGAGACUGGUAAAAACGAGGCCGCUUCCGCCGCUCUCGCCGACAUUCAGGAGUUUUCAACAGAAGCCUCGGUGAUCUUGCUGGAUCUACGCCGUCUGAACCGUCAGAUCUUAAACGACGAGGAGCGCGUUAAAUCGGAGACCGAAGCGGCGCGAGCUCCCGUCGACACGACCGCGCUCCGGCUGCACAAUCUUCAGUACAAGAUGAACCACCACGCGAGAUCGAUCGCGGCGUAUCGGGAUUUCGUUUCGCGGCAUCCGGACAUCGAGCUGGUUAGCGCGCACGAGUUCUUUAUGGAUGCACCGGAGAGCCUUAAAUCGGAGCCGGGGCUGGAGAAGGAUCCGCACCGGCUGAUGCUGCAGCGACUCAACUACGAGCUUCAUCAGCGAAAGGAGCUGGUCCGCGCGCGGGAGAUGCUGGAAAUCCGACGGCGGACGCUCCAGGAGAGCAUCAGCAGCCGGAAAAAGUUUCUGGGUAGCCUUCCCGGGCAGCUGAAAGCCCUUAAAAAAGCAUCCGGUCCGCUCCAGCAGCAAAUGGGGAUGCAGCACUCGCGGCGGGUGAAGCAGCAUCGCUUAGCGUCCCUCCUCCCUCCGCCUCUCUACGUUUUAUACUCGCAAUUAGCUGCUCGGAGGGACUCGUUAGAAGAGGCGAUAGAGGUGGAGAUUGAAGGGAGCGUUAGAGAGGCUGAAGCCUUUGCUGCUACGGUGGAAGAGAGAGAGGCAGCAGCGGCUGCCGCUGCGUCUGCUGCUGCGGCAAGGGGAGGGGGUGAGGAGGGUCAGAUGGGGGAGGAGGAAGAGGGGGAGGAGGGAGAAGGGGAGAGAGACCGGGAGGAUGAGGAGGAGGAAGGGCUGAGGAGGAGGCGACGAAAUGAGGAGGGAGGGAAGCAGGCGCAACCGAAUGCGCUGAUUGGCGCAGCUGACCUUAUAGGCGCAGUGGAUUCCCCCCAUCCGCUGGUUGUGGUGCUCCGCCUGCUGGACGCGCGGGGAAGGGCGGAGCGGGGGAACGCGGAGGCUGUUGGGCAGGGCGGGGAGCGCGGGGCGGAGGAGGAAGAAAAGCUUCUCAUUGGUCCGCUGGGAUUCCCAAGCCCCACAAACAGCAACCAGAUUGGGGGAAAGGCAGACAAGGGCGAUUUGGCAGGUGGGAAGGGGGGAGAGAAGCGAGGGAAGGAGCGGCGAGGGGAGGGGAGGAGCGAGAGGGAAGGGGAGAAGGAUAGGGGUGACAGGAAAGGAGAUGAGAAGAAAGGGGAAGACAGGAAAGGGGAUGAAAGGAAAGGAGACGAGAGGAAAGGCGACGAGAGGAAAGGAGACGAAAGGAAAGGUGAUGAGAAGAAAGGAGAAGAGAGGAAAGGGGACGAGAGGAAGGGGGAGAAGGGAUCAGGGGAGGAUGGAUCGUCUCGUGGCAAAGGAGAAGGGAAAGGUGGAUUGUUUGUUGGUGGCUUGGGACAAGAGGGCGGCUUGAUGGUUGGUGGUCUGGCAGGAGAGGGUGGUUUGUCGCCUGGUGUUUUGCUCUCCAGAGCGCUGGUGAUUGCACAGAGGAGGAGACUUGGGGGACUGGCAGGGGUGGGUGGGACAAGUGAGGUUGAUGAAGGGUCAGCAGGGAAAGGCGAGGGUGGGGGGAAGAAGCGGGAGAGCGAGGGGAAGAGCAGUGGCAGGGAGAGGAGGAGCAGUAGGGAGGGCAAGGAGAAGGGUGAAGGGAAAGCGAGUGAUGGGAAGGGGGGUGAUGACACACGGGCGCUGGAAGAGAGGGAUGGAGAGAAAGGAAGCAAGCGAGCACACGGGGAAAAAGCAGCAACAGUUGUAGCAGCAAGAGGAUCGGCAGCAGAAGGAUCUGCAGGGGACGGGCAGGGUGGAGGGGGCAGUGGGGACAUAGAAGGGGCAGUGUGGGUGGCGUUGCCGUGGUCGUGGGCGGCAGCACAUGGCAUCCAUCCCUCCACCCCUGCUGCUCUCGCCUGGGAGACUGUGCUGGGGGCCGGUGCCUGUGUGUAUGAGCUCAUUGUGCGGGGCGCAGUGGGCGGAGGGGGUGGAGGGAGUGGUGGGAGUGGAGAGCGGAAGGGGAGGAAGGAGGAGGGCGAGAGGGGUGUGUGUGACCUGCAGGCACUGGUCGUCAUCUAUCCAGACUUUCCUCGCCGCCCGCCUCUUUUUUCCCUCCACCUCUUCUCCCCCUCCACUCCCUCCACUGCUCAACAACCCCUCCUCCCCUCCUCCACCGCCCAAGUCACACUCACUCCAUCUGCUUCACCCCCCUCCUCCCAUGCUUCCUCUCAUGCCUCCAUACUGCUCGACGGGCUGUUCUCUCUUGAGUCUGAGGUGAACAUGGGGAGCAUGGGAAGUGCAACGAGCCCUCCAUCCUCGUACCUGACUCCGAGUCUCCUCUACCACCAGCUGCGCCACUUGCUAAGGGGAUUCGACAUGCUCUUGAGCUCGGCCUCAGAUCUCACAUGUAGAGGCGCCUCUGGGAGAAUGGGUUAUUUGGCACGAGGAUUUAGAGCCAUGGCUGCUCUCACUACCAGCUCCCUCUCCUCAAAGGUGGCGACAACCGCGCUUUCCGCGAGUGCCGCGUCAUCCAUGGCUCUUGCCAGCUCAGCCACUAUCUCGGGAACUCCGGUCCUUCGCUCCGCUGCUUCCGUCAGCAAGCGUGCACCGGCCGGCAAGACUAACGGCUCCGUCAGGUGCUCCGCGAAGCCGUCAGCUUCCAACGACGAGAGCAACCGAGCCUUCGCUUUGAGAUCUUUCCGCGAGAAGAAGGCUUUCAAGGCCAUCGCAGGACUCAACAACUUCGAUGCCGACUCUGUCGCCGCUGUCGUCUCCGCUGCUGAGAAGGGAGGGGCCACGGUGGUCGACAUUGCCUGCGAUGCCGACCUCGUCCGCCUCGCCCGCUCCCUCACCUCUCUCCCUAUCUGCGUGUCGGCGGUUGAGCCGGAGAAGUUCGUCGAGGCAGUUGCUGCUGGCGCGCACAUGAUCGAGAUUGGCAACUUUGAUUCGUUCUAUCCUGACGGCCGGGAAUUUACCACAGAGGAGGUGCUUGACUUGACUCGUCGCACUCGCCAGCUGCUCCCCUCCAUCGCCCUCUCUGUCACCGUGCCCCACACUCUGCCUCUGCCCGAACAGGUCGCUCUGGCAGAGGCUCUGCAAGAGUGUGGUGCUGACGUCAUCCAGACUGAGGGCGGAACCAGCUCAGCAGCUUCCUCUGCUGGCGUUCAAGGGCUGGUGGAGAAGGCCACCCCCACCAUUGCAGCCACCUACUCUAUCGCGCGUGCUGUCACCAUCCCUGUCAUGUGUGCCUCUGGUCUCAGCGCUGUCACUGUCCCACUCGCCUUCGCUGCUGGUGCUUCUGGAGUGGGUGUUGGAUCUGCCAUCAAUCGCCUGAAUGAGCCUAUUGCGAUGGUGGCUGCAGUGCGGGAAAUUGCAGAUGCGCCGGUUCUACCCCCGGGAAUGCACCCGGGUCUGCCGCUGGGUCAGCCAGACAUCUCUCUCUCUCUCAUUCGUCUCACUGCUUCCUCCCUGUGGGCUUCCCGUGCGUUCCCUCCUUCUCCUCCCUCUCCCUUACCCAUCCCUUGGCAUCAGCCGGUUCUCCCCCCGGGAAUGCAUCCAGGUCUGCCCCUGGGUCAGCCAGACAUCUUCUCCCAACUGCGAGCGGCUGCGCUAGGAGGGGUGGGCGGGGCGGGAGGGGUGGGAGGAAUUGGAGGGGUGGGCGGGGAGUUUGGCGGAGGGGCGGCCGCUUUAGACGCGCUCAAACAGCGGCAACUGGGAGCGGCGCAGCAGCAGCAGCAGCAACAGCAACAGCAACAGCAACAGCAGCAGCAGCAGCAACAGCAAUCACAACAACAGGGAAUGGCACCGCAAGCAGAGCAGCAGCAGUUGCUGCCAAGGCUGGGGUUUGCGGGCACCAAUCUCACCUCGGACUCUGCUGUCACGGGAUCAAACCCUGCCGGCGACCCAGGCGCCUCUGGCCUGCUACCCAUAGCGGAGCAGAUCCUGUCCGAGUUCUUGGCGAAGGCCACUGGCACGUCCAUGGACUUGGUUGAAAUGCCGGGCGUCAAGGCAGCAGAGCUGCUCAAGGACCGAGUGGCGUGGCUGAGGGAGUGCCGCCGCUGCGACGUGCUGGGGGGCUUUCGCACUCCCAAUGGCGGCACUGUGGAGCUCGUCUACACCCAGAUGUACGCGCCAACAACCCUCGCCCCACCUCGUGACCUCUGCACUUUACGCUACACCUCUCUUCUAGAGGACGGCGUGGUCAUCUGUGAGCGGUCGCUGAGCAACGCGCAUGGGGGCGCGUCCAUGCCUGCAGUGCCCUCGUUUGUGCGCGCGGAAAUGCUCCCAAGCGGCUACCUCAUCCGCCAGUGCGACGGGGGAGGAUCCGUCAUUAUCGCUGUUGAUCAUCUUGACCUGCAGGCGUCCAGCGUGCCCGAGGUGCUGCGGCCGCUGUACCAGUCGUCGGCAGCGCUGGCACACCGAAUGACCAUCGAGGCCCUGCGCUACCUGCGCAAGGUGGCCAACGAGGGGUCACCAGGCGGGGGCGAGGCAACUAGUGGGGAGGGCGGGGCGGCGGGCAGCAGAGCAGAGUCUGGGCGGCCACAGGACCGGCAGCUGACAGCAUGGCGAGCAAUUGCAGAGCGCAUUGCCAUGGGAUUCAACGAGGCAGUGAAUGGGUUCACAGACGACGGGUGGGAGCAGAUGGCGGGAGAUGGCAUGGAUGACGUCACCCUUGCUGCCAGAGCCACUGGAGCCGGGGGGAAGGGCGCAGGGGGGAUGGGGGGAGGGGGAGAUGCGCCUGGGCCUGUGGGCGGGGGAGUUCUGUGCGCCAAGGCUUCCAUGCUGCUGCAGAACGUGUCCCCAGUGCUGCUGAUCAAGUUUCUGCGCCACCAUCGAUCCGAGUGGGCGGACGGCACGAUAGACGCGGACUCAGCAGCAGCAGUACAGGCCACCAUGGGUGCUCGCGCUGCUGCUGCCGGUGCCGGGAAAGUGCCUCUGCCACUCGCCUAUGCUGUUGACCAGGAGGAGUUCCUGGAGUUGGUGAAGCUCGAGCCAGCUGCUGCCACACGGGGGAUGGCCGGAGCGAGGGAAACGUUUCUGCUGCAGCUCUGCAGUGGCAUCGAGGACGACAGCACGUCAGGCUCCACGUCAGCAUCAUCCGCCACGUCAGCGCCGCCGCAUAGCGCGACAGCUCAGCUGGUCUUUGCCCCCGUGGACGCGGCUUCCACGGCUGACACCGUCCCGCUGUUGCCAUCUGGCUUCCGAGUCAUCCCGCUCGCCCUGCCACCCUCCCAGGACGGGCAAACACUAGACCUGGCAGCAUCUCUAGACAAGCAAUCACAACCAUCCCAGCAGCAGCAGCAGCAGCGGUCAGUGCUCACCAUCGCCUUCCAGUUCGUCUUUGACUGCCCGGCCGCCAAGGAGGGGGUGGCCCACACAGCUCGGCAGUAUGUGCGCUCAGUCGUGGGGGCCAUUCAGCGGAUCUCCAUGAGUCUAUCUCCCCCCGCAGCAGCAGCAGCAGCAGCAACAGCAACAGCAGCAGUUGCCGAUGCCUCAGCAGCAGCAGCAGCAGCAGCAGCAGAUGCAGCAGAUGCUGCAGCAACAGCAACAACAGCAGCAGCAGCAGCAACAGAUGAUGAUGAUGAUGCAGCGGCCGGGAAUCUUAGAUCUCCUGACGCUCGGCCGCCCGGCAUGCCCAACAUGGCCCAACGGCAUCAUCCGUCUGCAUCUGGCGCUGCUACAGUCGCUACAGCCUCUGCCGCCCGUUCCCCCAGUGGUGCUGUAGCAGCCCUGGCGGGAGGUGCGGGAGACGUUUCCGGACCUAGCCGCGUGGUUGGGGACGGAUCCGGACCUAAUCGCUUGGGUGGGGAGGGUUCGGCUGCGUUGGGGGUGAUAGGCAUGGGAAUGGGGAUCGGAGGAGGGUUGGGAGAGGGGAAAGGGGGAGGAAUGGGGGGAGGGGGAGGGAUGGGAGGGGGUGGGGAGAAUGGCCGAGGGUUAGGUGAUUCUAUGGUUCUUGGAGGCCUGGGUUCCCUGGGGAGAGGAGUGGGCGGAGGGUUUGGGGGAGGGGGCGGAGCAGGGGGAGGGGCAGCAGGGGGAGGGGGAGGGGGUGGUGGGGGAGGUAGCAUUGGAGGGCCGACUUCGAGUGGUGGUGGUGGCAACGGCGGUGGUGGGGGAGGGGGAGGAGGAGGAGGUUCGCAUGCGAUGCAACUGGCGAGAUGGAUCGUGCAGAGCUACAAGGUGGCAGUGGGGUCGGACCUGUCACCAGCAGCAGGAGCAGCGUUGGCAGGGGGGGACCUGUCGCGCCUGCUGAGAGUGCUGUGGGAGCACCGAGACGCCAUCAUCUGCAUCGCCUGGCGGGCGUCGCCAGAGCUGCUUCUGGCAAACCAAUCAGGGCUGGACAUGCUUGCCACGUCAGCAGCUGACCUGUCCAAGGUGCCGUGGGAGAAGACCAUGGCUGACGAGGACGCCCGCUGCACUGCUGUCGCUGCCAUGUCACAAGCCAUACAGCAGGGAUUUGCCUACCUUCCUCCAGGUGUUCGGCUCUCUUCACAAGCGUCAGCCAUGGGGAACCAGGAGAAGCUUAUGGACCAGAUUUUCCAGCUUAAGUUCACGUCGAAGACGCUAGUCCGUCAAGCGAAGAAGUGCGAGAAGGAGGAGAAGGAGCAGAAGCUUAAGGUUAAAAAAGCCAUCGAAAAGGGCAACAUGGAAGGCGGCAAGAUUUACGCGCAAAACGCCAUUCGGAAACGCUCCGAGCAGCUGAACUACCUCCGCUUAUCCAACCGCUUGGACGCGGUUAUCGCUCGCCUGGACACGCAAGCUCGCAUGAACACCAUCACGCAUUCCAUGGGAAGCAUCGUGAAGGUUCUGGAUUCCGCGCUCGCGAGCAGCAAUCUGCAGAAGAUUUCGGAGACGAUGGACGUGUUUGAGCGGCAAUUCGUGAACAUGGAGGUGCAGUCGCAGUUCGUGGAGAACGCGAUGCACAGCAGCACAGCGCUGUCCACGCCGGAGGAGGACGUCAACAUGCUCAUGCAACAGGUGGCAGACGAGCAUGGUUUGGAGGUGCAGAUUGGCCUACCAGGUGCUGCCACGAGUGCUUUGCCAUCCAAAGAAGCGCAGACCAAUGCUGAGGACGACUUGACAAGGCGAUUGGCGGAACUCAAGAACAGGUCGUAG